GUCUGAAAUCGUCAACCGAGGCGCGUCAGCAUCUACUAUGUACCCGUCUGGUUUGGAUGGUACGAUUUUCAGUUCCAGACGUGACCAUUUGCCAGCAAACUCGUCUGGAGCCGAGAAUCCUACACCUGAGUGUGAUGAGUGGGGGCACAAGUGUCGCAUCGAUCCGUCGAAAAAGCUACCACCGAGUGAGAUAGCAUGGCUGGAGUCGGAGGACGCCCGGCUUCACUGUGCUCUGAUGGAGCAAAGAUGGUGGGACCCGGUUGCUGAUAUGCUCGCAAUCGAUAAGCAGCAUCGCAGCGUAGUUUACCCGAUUCACUGCGAGGAGUGCGGCAAGUGGGUGGCGGACAUGAUGAAGAGGUGCGCUACGCGUGGGCAGCGAUACCCAUACGCACAAAUCAGAACAGUCAAGCGGCGGCUCUUGCAGCCAAAUCAGGCGGAGACGGAGAUCACUACAACGAAGUCUGCCGGCAACAUGAGUCAUCUCAUCGUGAAUGAGAAGGACUUGCGAGAGUGUUGCUGUGGCUGGUGGAGGAGAGGAAGAUGCUAUGUAGAUGAAUUGUGUGCGGAGAAGCUAACAGAACCAGGCUGGUGGGGCUGCGUCAGAGCAUACGCAGAAGCGUGGGGUCGUCACUUUCACGGAUGUGACUGCACACACCGUCUCGACGAAAUUUUUAGUUUACGUUAUCACGAUAAGCGAUGGAUUCCCAAUACAGAUUGAGCUAUAAAAAUACACUCAAGGAAACUUUGCGCAUGAGUCUCGCCUCCUGGUGGGGUCGAUUCUAACCUACCACUUAAAAUGAUAGCCAAAGCGCUUUUUUAUUACAGCUUUCAAUAAUUUAGUAGAAGUAUACUCAACAGUCAAAAAUAUUGUAUAUCGCAUGCUUAUGGCUUUUUUAUGAUUAAUUUUUACACGGUUCUUCAUUUUCCAUCGAAAGAUGAUGCUCGUAGUAAUAAUUUUCAUCAGCAGACCGAGACGCGGACAUGUCCACUCAAUGCUAUAGCUCUCUUCUCUUUUUAUACCCUUAAUCUUUUGUAGGUUUAUUCUAUCUGUCAAACUUCAUUAUGUGUCUGGCAUCUAGUACAAUUGGUAUGAUUUAAGUAAGAGUCUUUGCCAUGAUCUUGUUACUCUCUUAAAAAUAAUGGACUGGCGUCUUCGUUUCUAAAAAACGUGUGGCCUAUUGCUAGCAGGAUCUUGCAUUAGUAUCGUCCCGCCUUCAGUCAUGCAGUCGAUUCAGCAGCUUUUACUUACUUGUGCGACGUUGUCUCGUUUUUCGUCAUAGUUGAUGAUUGUUCUUUACAACUACCAUGAUUAUGAUUGUUUAGAACCCGCCCCAUAUUAAGAAAUCAGUGCCACGACUAAUAUAACAGAGUAUAUAUAAUUUAUCUGCGUCUAGUUCAGACUGCGAUCGGCUUCGUCUAUGACUAUAAUCCUGAACGAUGGAAGCAAAAGGCAGUCUUCUCUACCGAGUGGGAAUGUAUCAGUCAACUUCUUCGGCAAGUCUGUAAGCGCGACUUGGUCUGUUAUGAUUGCUCAAGUGUUGUAGAAGUAGCUUCUCCCUCC